AUGAUCUCCACAUCAGCCAAUGGAAUCAUUGCUCACUUCCAUGUGAGAGUAUCUACUGCAUUCGGCCAGGAAGUCUUCAUUUCUGGAAAUAUCCCAGAACUUGGAAAUUGGGAUGCUAAGAAAGCAAUUAAGAUGGAAUUCGAACACAAUUUAGAUUAUUGGUUCGUCAAUGUCGAAUUACCAAAGUCUCAAGGAUAUCGUUUCAUUGAAUACAAGUAUGUUAUCAUUAGUGGUGACUACCAACAAUGGGAACCAGAACAGAAUCACAGACUUGUUCUUGGCGCUCUCAAUGAUCAAUGCGUUAUCAACAUUGAAGAUAAUUUCCACUGGAGAGAUAACGUUCUCGACGCUUUCAGCCGCGCAACAUUCGUUGGAGCCAUUAACUCAAGAGAAAACCCAACAAAGAGCGAACCAAUUGCUAUCAAGCAAAAUGGAAAAUUAAUUCAAACAUACUUUGCUACAAACUGCCCAUAUGUUAGACCAAAUCAAAUUGUUAGAAUCGUUGGUAAUGUUCCAGAACUUGGUAAUUGGGAUCCAAAGAACUCAUUAGCUUUAGUUGAUGGAAGUUUCCCAAUUUGGACAGGAAACAAAGGAUUUGCAAAGACAUCAUUCCCAUUCGAAUACAAGUACGUCAUCGAAAACACAAAUGAUCAUACAUUUAUUUGGGAAGAUUGCGCAAACAGAGUUUGCCCAGCUCCAGUUGCUGUCAAUGGAGUCUUAAUCAACUACGUUCAGGAUUGGUUCAUCUGCCCUAACAAGAACCUCUUCAAGGGAAUGGGCAUUUAUGUUCCACUUUUCUCUCUCAGAACAAAUGAAUCACAAGGCAUUGGCUCAUACACAGAUCUUAAGAAGUGUGUUGAUGCCUGCAACAAGAUGGGUGCUUCUCUCAUCCAAUUACUUCCAAUUAACGAUACAACAGAGAAGGGAGAAUGGUGCGAUUCAUACCCAUAUCGCCAAGUUUCCUGCUUCGCUCUUCAUCCAGUUUACAUCGAUCUCCUCGCUAUCACAAACAAGCUUCCAGCAGCUAUGAAGAAGGAAAUCCUUGAAGCAAAGGAAAAGUUCGAGAAGUUCGAACAAGUUGAAUACCCAGAAGUCUUUGCAUUCAAGAUGAAGUAUCUCAAGGAAAUCUUCAAGCUUGAGAAGGACAGCUUCGUUACAAACGGCCUUGCUACAUUCCUCAAGAAGAACGGAUCAUGGCUCAAGCCAUACGCUCUCUUCUGCCUUCUCAGAGAUGAGUACAAGACAACAGAAUUCCGCAAAUGGCCAAAGUACUCAACAAUCACACCAGAAGAGCUUGAACAAGUCUGCAAGCAGAAGAAGAAUGACUUACUCGAAAUCUACUGGAUUCAAUACGUCGCCGACAAGCAGUUCAAGGAGUCAUAUGACUACGCUACAAAGAACCACGUCGCUCUCAAGGGUGAUCUUCCAAUUGGUGUCAACAUCAACUCUGUUGAAUGCUGGGCAUUCCCACAACUCUUCAGACUCCAUAUGUGCGCUGGUGCUCCUCCAGAUGACUUCUCUUCUGAUGGCCAGAACUGGGGAUUCCCAACAUACGAUUGGGAAGCCAUGGAGAAGGAUGGUUUCUCAUGGUGGCGCUCAAGACUCACAAGAAUGGCUGAACUCUAUCACCAGCUUAGAGUUGACCAUAUCCUCGGAUUCUUCAGAAUUUGGGAAGUUCCACGUGAAACAUGCGUCAGAGGCCUUCUCGGACACUUCUUCCCAUCUGUUCCAUUCUCACACGACGAACUCAACGGAAUGGGCCUUUGGGAUAUCGAGAGGCUCACAAAGCCAUACGUCAGAUGGCACAUCCUCUGCGAAAAGUUCCAUGAAGAUGCUGAAUACGUUUCUCACAAGUAUUUCAACAGCAAGGGAUGGAACGCUCAAGAUGAUUACUACGAAUUCAAGCCAGAGUUCGAUAACGAGAAGAAAGUUGCUCAAGCUCUUGACAACGACAAGACACUCUCUGAAGAGAAGCGUGAACACUACAGAUGCUGCCUCUUCCAGCUCAUUGGCAACGUCAUCCUUAUCGAAGAUCCAGAAAGAAAGGGAUUCUUCCACAUGAGAACAGAAGUUCUCAAGGAUCACGUAGAACCAACAAAGGAGGGUCCAGUUGUCUACGUUUCCUCAUCAUGGAACGAACUCGAUGAAGGCCUCAAGCAGCGCGUCAAGGAAGAAGCUCACAAAUUCUUCUACGAGAGAAUGACAAACCUUUGGGUUCAGAAGGCUCAGCCAAAGCUCAACGUCCUCAAGAACGCUACAAAGAUGCUCAUCUGCGGCGAAGACCUUGGUCAAAUCACAACCGGUAUUAUCAGAGCUAUUGAUGAAUCAGCCAUCCUUUCUCUUCACGUCCAGAGAAUGUCAAAGAUUCCAGAAGAAGCUUUCGAUGACUUCCACAAGUUCGGCUAUCUCUCCGUUGCAUGCCCAUCAACACACGAUACAUCAUCCCUCCGCGGAUGGUGGGAGGAGACAAAGGCAACAAGAGAAAACUUCUGGUACAACGUCCUCCUCAGACAUGAUGCUUGCCCAGAGACACUUUCUCCAGAAGUCCAAGAAGAUAUCCUCAAGCAGAACAUUUGGUCCAACUCCAUGUGGGCUAUCUUCCUUCUCCAGGAUAUCACAUCAAUCUUCCCAGAGUUAAGACUUCAAUCCGCUGAAGCUGAAAGAAUCAACAUUCCAGCCGAUCCAAACCACAAGUGGCGCUAUCGCUAUCCAUACAAACUCGAAGAAAUCAUCGCUAACGAUAAGCUCAACAACCACGUAAUGCAACUCGUUCGUGAUUCCCACAGAAUAUAA